AUGAGGCACCCAGCUGAUUCAGUAGCAUGGAAGACACUUGAUGAACUUCACCCAUCUUUUGCCACCGAGCCUCGUAAUGUUCGACUUGGACUUGCUAGUGAUGGUUUUCAACCAUUUAAAAGUUCCAAAACUCCGUAUAGCAUUUGGCCUGUGGUACUUAUUCCUUAUAAUUUACCACCUUGGUUAUGCAUGAAGCAAGAGAAUUUUAUUUUAUCGAUGCUUAUUCUUGGUCCUGAAAGUCCCGGAGAUGCAAUUGAUGUUUAUCUCCAACCUUUGAUAGAGGAAUUAAAGGAAUUAUGGGAAACUGGAGUUGAGACCUUUGAUGCAUCAACUAGACAGAAUUUUAUGUUACAUGCAACGUUGUUAUGGACCAUUAAUGACUUUCCAGCAUAUGCAAAUUUGUCGGGAUGGAGUACCAAAGGAAAAUUGGCUUGCCCAUGUUGCAAUAAAGAAACUCUUUCAAUUAGGUUGGAAAAUGAUUCAUUUGAUGGCACUAAGGAGCGGAAAAAACCACUAAAAAUUCUAUCUGGCAAUGACAUACCUGAUUUAGUGGCUGAUUUAGAUGGGAUAACACUAUCAAAGGAUCCAAAGAAGAAGACCAAAAAAUCACAUGAUAGUAGGGGUGAUAAUUGGAAUAAGAAGAGUAUUUUCUUUGAUCUUCCAUAUUGGAAAACACUACUGUUGCGACAUAAUUUAGAUGUGAUGCACAUUGAAAAAAAUAUAUGUGAUAAUAUUUUUGGGACAAUCUUAAAUGUUAAUGGAAAAAUCAAAGAUACAUUGAAUUCUCAGAUGGAUUUGCAAGCAAUGAACAUAAAGAAAGAAUUGCAUCCAAUAAAAAGGGGGGAUAAAUAUGAGUUACCAACUGCAUGUUACACAUUGUCUCCUGAAGAAAAGCAUAACUUUUUCACUUUCUUAAAGAAUUUAAAGGUCCCAGAUGGAUUUUCAUCAAAUAUUUCUCAAUGUGUCAACCUGAAAGAUCGCAAACUUUCAGGCUUGGAAAGUCAUGAUUGCCAUGUUAUUCUACAACAUUUACUCCCACUUGCGAUACGCGGUAUGCUCUGCAAAUCUGUGCUUGAACCACUUAUUGAGUUGUCUAUAUUUUUCAACAUCCUUGGAGAGAAAUGCUUAAGAGUAGAUGAGCUAGAGAAAAUAGAAGCCCAAAUUCCUAUAACUCUGUGCAAGUUCGAAAAGGUCUUCAUUCCUGCAUUUUUUGAUAUCAUGGUCCACUUGCCAAUUCAUUUAGCAAAUGAAGCUAAGAUUGCGGGACCUAUUCAAUAUCGAUGGAUGUAUCUAGUGGAGCGAUGGCUAUACUUUUUGAAGUCUUUUAUUCGUAAUAGGGCUUGCCCAGAAGGCUCCGUUGCAGAGGGAUAUUUAGCAACUGAAUGUAUGACCUUAUGUUCAAGGUAUUUGCAUAUGAUGGAAACAAAAUUUAAUCGCAAUGAAUGGAAUUAUGAUGGUGGUGCUAUUGAAUCUGAUGGAGGUUUAGCAGGUUUUUCUCAACCUGGAAAAUUUUUAGGCAGUGUCGACACAGCGGGCGUUCUUGAUUCAUCUGAAUUUGAGCAGGCACAUUUUUAUAUUUUGAAGAACUGUGAUGAAAUUCAACCAUUUCUCGAAGAAUUUCCACAAAUUCCAGUUGAUACGUCUAAAAAUAAUUCAGAUAUCGAAUGGAAUAGACAAUUCGUUGAGGAAUUGCACAAACACGAUGAUAGUAAGAAAAUAAAAGACUUGCACUCAUUGUCACGUGGUCCUCUGCUAUAUGUGACAAGUUUCAAAGGCUAUGUUACUAAUGGAUAUAGGUUUCACGUGAAAGACCAUGAUACAGGUUUGAGAACUCAAAAUUGUGGGGUGGUUGUAGUUGAUGAAACUAAUGAAGAGAAUAAAAAUAUUGAUUACUACGGAGAGUUAACUGAGAUUCUUGAAUUACAAUUUACUGGGGGAAGAAGAGUGGUGUUGUUUCGAUGUUUGUGGUUUGAUGUGUUUGACCAAGAAAGGGGAAUUAAAGUAGAUAAAUAUGGCUUCGUAAGUGUUAACCGCCAGCGGUUUUUGAAAAUAAAUGAGCCUUUUGUAUUAGCCAACCAAGCAUCACAGGUAUUCUAUGCUAACGAUCUUUCGAAUAAAGGCUGGCAUGUUGUACGAAAGGUUCAACCUCGUGAUUCUUUUGAUGUUGGGGAAAAAGAGGAAGAUGAUUUAGAGGAGCUACCAGGAAUCUAG